AUGGAAAUGUGUAACACACUACCCUGUCCAGAUGAGACACUGGCACUCAGUCGUCAAGGACGAUCGGAAGAAAUCGGAGAACUGAAAGUGCAAAUGCUCCAAGCCCAAGCGGCUCGUUGUGUCAAACUGGUGGGAGCAGUGGGGGAAGCUUUGGUGGCCAUUUCCUGUGUGUUUGCGGCACUCGCAGCAACCGCUAUGGCUAUCAGUGUUCAUCUAUUGGUAUAA